GCAAUCGGCGCAACUGCUUGUACGCACACUGGUAGGAAAAACUUUGACGAGUGGGGGGUCGAGCGGAGCAGCGAGCAGUUGUGUUUUACGGCUGCUUUCGUGUCUUCAGAGGACCGCCUUUCUGUCGCACAUAAGGAAAGCGCGCACAGGGGGAGGUGGAAGGUGAAGUACCAGAUAAUGGCGCACUCUACGUUUCUGUUGGCCUUGCUUCUGGUCGGUGUUGCAGUUCAGGCAAGUGCGCAGGCUCCACCGGAGGUGACUAUCAGCUAUGUCGUCUACCAAGGCUCGGGCUGCAAUUAUGAGAACACGAACUAUGUGCUGUCGAACGACUACAAGAUGGUCACCUUCAUAUUCGGCGGGAUGGUUGCGACCACGGACGGGUUGCCCGCCGGCAAGAGGAAGUCUUGCCAGAUGUCUUUCUAUAUAAACUACCCGGAUGGCUGGAGCGUCUCCAUCGGUCAGGCCACGGCCCGCUGGUUCGCUGACAUCGCCCAGGACUCCGCAGGCAUCUAUGAGGUACACUACUACCUCUCCGGACAAACGGGUACGGCAAUGAUCGAGCGCAAAAUCCAAGGCCCAUAUACUGGCAGCUUCGAGUUCACGGACGACUUCCGGAGGCUUGUCUGGAGCGAGUGCAACAACACACCCAACUUGAACAUCAAGAUGGUGGUGCGAGUGGAGGGCAAGAAGGCGGUCAUGGGUAUCGACUCCGUCGAUUGCAACCCCGUGCUCAUCCUCAACCUCCAAUGGAAGAAGUGUCCUUAGAACUGAGAACUCCACCCACCACCAUCUCCCAUGUGGAUAGUGGGUGAGAAGGGUCGGAGAUGUGGGCAGCUGUGCCAUCUUGAGUAUCUAAAGU